GCGGCGGGGAGCGGCAUGGAGCCUGCGGGGGCCUCGCAGCGCUUGGGGAGUGUCCCCCGGCCGGGCCCACGACCCCCGACCGCCCUGGAGAGGCGGGGACCCUACCUGUUGGCGCGCGCGCCCUCCGUGCCCACCUCGCUGCAUAAGCCCCGGGACCUGGCCAGGGCCGUGCUGCGCAGGAAGGGGCUGCUGGGACCCCAGUUGGGCCGCCCCGACGCCCCCGUGAAAAGGCCAGUCAAGUUCAACAAGGGCUACGCCGCCCUCAGCCAGAGCCCCGCCGAGAGCCUGGUGUCCCUGGACUCGGACAGUGACGGCGAGCCGGAGUCCCGGUACUCCUCGGGAUACUCCUCCGCAGAGCAGGUGACCCAGGACGUGAGCCGGCAGCUGCUGCAGGACGGCUACCACCUGGACGAGACCCCGGACGAUGAGGCCCUGGACCUCAUCCCGCCCAAGCCCGCCGCCUCGCCCUGCUCCUGCUGCCUGUGCUGCCCGGGGGACGCGGCCUCCUGCAGCCUGCAGUAGGCGCUCCGGCCCUGGGCACUCGCGGUCCCCCACCUGCCUGGGGGUGGCGAGGGCAGCGACCCCCGAGGUGCCCUCACCCAGGUGCUGGGACCGAGCGCCCCGCCUCCCGAGCUCUCCCACUGGGCUCUUCCGAGGAAGUGGCGGCUUGGCGGCCGUGGGCCGUGACUCAGGGCAGCUUGGGCCCUGGCCAGCACCCCGCCCGGGCCACAAGGUGAGGACACCUGGGAGUGGACGGGGUGCAGCCCUCCACGGGGGCUCAGGGCUGGACUGCUGCCCAGAGAGUGACCGCUGCUGAGGGGACGGGGGCAAGGCCUCGUGUGUCAGGGCAGAGCAGGUGGGGCACACGGUGACCCCCGGAGGAAGCGCGGUGGCCCCAAGGCCAGGGCCUCCGGGUCGGGUCGGGACAGAGCCGCCCAGCCCCUCAGGGAGGUGGGCCCGUGACAGAGCCGCGGACUGCACCCAGGGGUGUGGCAUGCGGGAAGAGGGCCGCUGCCUCAGUGGGUGCUGGCCCUGGGCCCUUUCUGUGGGUGGCCCCGGUGGUGUGGGCGUUGUGGCUCUCAGGCCCGUCCCUAAUAAACACGCGUGCCGACGUCUGUUACUGCUGAAA